AUGCAGUUUAAGCCAGAUGCAGUGAUGCACAGCCACAAGAGGAGCCGUGCAUCGCCAGGCAGCAGCCUCCUGCACGGGUUUCCCAGAGCGGAGCCUUCAAACGCCCUUUCACUCCCGCGCGCGAAACUUAGCGGCGAAAGAAGGCGGAGCGGGGGGAGAAGGGACGCGGGGCCAGGAGCUGCCAAGCAACGAGGGCCUCGGCGGAGCGUGGCAGGGGGCACCGCGGAGAGCGGACAAAAGGCGACGGAACUAACGGCUUAUACCCAGCGGCGGAGCGCGGGCCCGGCUCGGCCCGAGGAGGCCGGCAUGGAGCGGGACAAAUUAACUCUUUAUACACUUGAUAUUAAAAUGCCACAGGAGCUUCUGUGUCUGGACUACAGCAGUGGAGCCCUGACUGGUGACCUCUGUGAAGACUUGUGCGUGGCACAGAAGCUGGUAUACAAACACUGCCUGUACUAUGACAGAGGUAAGAAGGUCAUCCAGGCUGACUGGAGAGGCCAGCCCAUCAUCCUGAAAUCCAAAAAGGAAAUCUUCUCUAGCUACCAGCACCUCAGUAUGCUAGAGGAGAUGGAGACACAGGACAUUCCUGAAACAGAGCUUCUGCUGAUGGUAGCCCUGGAAGUCAAAAAUGUCCUGGGGCUAGAGCUAUCUAACAACACCAUGGGGCCCCUGUGGACGAGGAGGAAGGGGCCACACUGGAAAGCACAGGUGGCCAGCAUGUGGUCCUUGCUCCAGCAGGAAGAGUAUAUCUACUUCAGUGUACUGCAAGACUUCAGCAAACACGUGCUACGCAUUAUUGGCUCCUGUGGACAUUUCUAUGCUGUGGAGUAUCUCACAGCUGGACAUGCCUGGCACAAAACUCUUUUUCCCUUGGAAAAUGUGGUUGGUCCCUCCCUUGCUGGCAGCCAAAGCAGGGGGAGAGCCAUCAUCGACAUUGCACUCAGCUUUCUGGAUAUGGUGCAGCAUUUUGACAAUGAUUUCUCUCAUCGACUGCACUUGUGUGACAUCAAACCAGAAAAUUUUGCUAUCAGGCAAGACCUCACGGUUGUAGCCAUUGAUGUGGAUAUGGCCUUUUUUGAACCCAAAAUGAAGGACAUCCUUGAACAGAACUGUACAUCAGAUGAAGAUUGCAAUUUUUUUGAUUGCUUUUCAAAAUGUGAUCUGAAAAUCAGAAAAUGUGGAGCACAGAGAGCCAAUAACAACUUGCAAGUCAUCUGUGACAAAAUAUUCCGCCGCUGGUUUUCUCCCAGUCUCAGAGGGCCGGCGCUUCCCUUCCCGCUGCGGCUCCCGCUACUGUGGGUGAGUUUUUGCAACAGGAAGUCCUCCUUCCCGAAGUCAUUUGUUUUCAUUUGGGUCAGUGCGGCCGUGCUGACAAACAGGGGAGCGAGGGGCAUGAGAACCGAUUUCCCCAAGCGGUGCCGCCGGCGCCCCGAGCGCCCGGAACAGCCUGGGGCCCGGUCUCGCAGGGGCCGGCAGCUCGCGCGGCGCCUGGGCAGCGGCUUCGCCUCUCGGGCUGUGUCUGCACCCCCCGGAUGUAGCUGGAAGCUGGAGGAGCUGUCAGAGCGAAGUUGUCUGCCCGUGGUUCCGGAGUGCCGGGUCCGGCUGUGCCAGCGAGGCCAGGGCUUGGGAAGGCACCUCAGGACGCCACUGUUAACCAGACGCACGUGUGCCAGGCACAGCACGUCCAGUGUGCCCGAGACGGGAGAAAUCCUGCGGCUGAAGCUCCUCAUUCCCUCCCCGAAUGCCGGUUCACGCUACCGGAGCCCUCGUGGGUCGAUUCAUCUCUAA